AUUGGUACUUGGCAAGUACUUAUAUCGUGAAAAACAUAGCUAUAAUCAGUCUAUAACUGGCUAUCAUGCAGGGGAUGUACUUUUUGGGACUUCUGGUUGUCUGUGGACUUGUGAAGGGUUAUGAAAAUCCUUUGAGAAAGCAAGCUGUAUACAUUGAGGACAUACAACCAAGCAAUGGGCAGCGUAUCACAGGAGGCUGGGAGACCAAGGAAGGUCAGAUCCCCCACCAGGUCAACAUACGCAUGAUCAACCCUUGGGGGACCGUGUCCUCAUGUGGCGGCUCCAUCAUACACUCUGAGUGGAUAGUCACGGCUGCACAUUGCUUGGGAAACCGCGUAACAUUCGUCGUACGCUUGGGGGCCCAUGACCUCACUAAGCCGACCAUCAUAAUGGAGGAGUCCAUCACCAACCGCUUCCUGCAUCCUAACUACAGUGAAACAAUGGGAUUUGUGCAGGCUGAUGACAUUGCACUGCUCAAACUGAGUUCGGAUAUUCCUUGGGGACGUACGAUCCAGCCAGUUCGUCUCCAGAGCUCUAAGCAGAUGGACAACGACUAUACUGAUGUACUCCUGACAGCCAGCGGUUAUGGGCUCACCAAUGAUCGAACGCAGGGUGGAACAAAUUCCGAAGUCCUCAUGUAUGUGACUCUUCGUGGCAUCAGUAACCAGCGAUGCCUCGACUGGUACCUCUAUAUGGACCCACAAACAGUCUGUGCCCUGUAUUUUAACACAACUACACAAUCUACUUGUGCGGGUGAUAGUGGAGGUCCAGUAACCCAGGUCGACAGAGACGGUCAGCUCACGUUGGUCGGAAUAGUCAGCUUUGGUCACCGACAGGGCUGCACCCAUGGAAUACCCACAGGUCACGUGCGUCCAGGUUACUACCACGCGUGGAUCCGUGAGACCACUGGUAUUAACUUCGAUUGGGACAGUUCUGCAUCUGAAGCGGCUGCACCAGAAUCAGGCUCCGAUAUCCACAUUGUAAACAAAUAUCUGCUUCACGUGUUUAGGACGUCAUGUGACGUAGCAGAUAUUACGCCAACAAUCAAGAUUUUAAAAUCUAUAAUAUUCAGUUGUGAAUUGGCAGCCAUGCAGGGAAUAUACGUAGGAAUUCUAGUCUUCGGACUCGUUCAGGCGUACGAGUACCCUUCAGUGAGGGACGACAAACCAGUUUACAUUGAGGAUAUUAAGCCAAGUAAUGGGGAACGUAUCACAGGAGGUUGGGAGGCGAGAGAAGCGCAGAUCCCCCACCAGAUCAGCCUGCGCAUGAUCAACACCGUUGGCGCCGUGUCCUCGUGUGGCGGCUCCAUCAUACACCCCGAGUGGAUCAUCACAGCUGCCCACUGUUUGGCUAACCGCCAUACAUUCGUCGUGCGCCUAGGAGCCCAGAACCUCACCCGACCGACCCUCAUAACGGAGGAAAGCAUCGACAACCGCGUCAUGCAUCCCAACUACAGUGAAACGCUGGGAUCCGUGCAACGGGAUGACAUUGCUCUGCUGAAACUGAGCCAGAGCGUCUCCUGGGGACCUACGAUCCAGCCAAUCCGUCUGCAGAGCUCAAAGCAGAAGGACACUAACUACGAAAACGACUUCCUCACCGUCAGCGGCUAUGGACUGACUGAAGACCGCGCACUUGGUGGAAAUACAUCAGAAGUGCUCAUGUUCGUGAAUCUGCGAGGCAUCAGUAACCAGGAGUGUCGCAGAUGGUUCCUCUCCAUCCAUCCUCAGACAGUGUGCGCGCAGUACUACAACAAUACGAGACAGUCCUCCUGUUCAGGUGACAGUGGUGGUCCUCUGACCCGCGUGGACGAGGAUGGUGAACUCACAAUGAUUGGAAUCGUGAGCUUCGGUUCUUCUCGGGGCUGUACCGUUGGAUUCCCGACUGCGUACGUGCGUCCAGGUCACUACCACGCCUGGAUUCGUGAGAGCACCGGCAUCGACUUUGACUGGGACAGCUCUGAACCUAUCACUCUUGUGCCAGAAUCUGAAUCCGAAGUGCAAGUUGUGGAUAAAUAGAAAACCAGUGAAAACCCUUUGAUUAAAUUGUCAUCCACGAUGUCAAGACCAAUAAUAAUAAUAAUGAAGAGUAAACAAAACAUACGGAUAAUAAUAUUCAUUUUGGUUCUUUUCAAAUCAACCUGACCAUUGUAGUUUCUUUUGAACCACUGAAAUUAGGAACAUCGUAAUCUUUUCGAUUGGCUGACACUCUGAAGUUAGUGACUUUAAUUAGUAAGUAAUUACCUACAGUGGAAGAUAACUAUUGGUUCGCAAUUAAUCAAUUUCCGUUAAUUAACAAUGACAAACGUGGAACCGUGAAUUACUGCACAUACUUACCAGCAGUUAGAAUUUUACAAGGUUUUCUUAAACUUCUACCUUUUUGGUUUAAUUUAGGCAACCCCCUUAACCAACUACUACCUAUCACCGCUUAGUCAAGGAAUUUGGCCAGCAUUUACCAGUAUUUUUCUAGGUAAUUUCAUGCAAACAAGGAAUGUCUCUUCUUGAACUCGAGCUUACUUUAAUUAAAUUAAGAAUCUACGAACCACAAUGUACAACCGUCAUAAAAAUCAGGGUGUCCCUGUUACAUAUGGUAAGGAGUAGUGUUAACAGCUAACAGCAUUUUUGAGUUGAUCGCUAGACACGCAUAGACAGCUGAAAAUUUUAGGACUUUCAGCAAAGCAUUGUUACUUUAUGUUAUUCCUGCCAUUUUCUUUGCUUGAUUUGACAGCCAAUUUAUCUCAGUUUUGGGCGUAAAUAAGACGCAAAAAAUAGUUCCUAUUUCUUAAGGUUAACCGCCAACAGCAUCGU